UUACUUUUUGAAGCCACGCUAAGCUUGCAUCUCUUUUUGACCAAGAACAUCCCUUCCUUUUGGGUCAUAGGGAAUUCAAAAAUCUUUAUUAGAAAACAACAGCAUUUAUUAUAUUUUUACUACAAGCAAUACUGUAUGCUUUGAUUUUAUACCAUCCUCAGUACAACUGUGCCGGGUUUACUGUGUGUGAUAAUUGCAGGUGGAACAUCCAGUGGACAGCAAGCAGUGUGUUGGAAUCUAAGCUUGGACCAGAGGGUACUUUUCCUGCCACUCACUCCCUGGAAGGUCCUGUUUAGUCUCUGGGCUGGAUAUGUCCAUUUUAACUUGAAGAUGGAUUUAAGUUACGUUUUGUUGUGGCUAUUGACAGUUCUACUCGAAGGAAUUUCGUGCCAAGGGGUCUAUGCUCCACCCAAUGUGCGAAUUAUUCAUUCGGGACUUGCUUGUAACAUCGAGGAAGAGCGAUAUUCAGAAAGGGUCUAUACAAUACGUGAAGGGGAGACACUAGAGUUAACCUGUCUUGUAACUGGUCACCCAAGACCACAGAUCAGGUGGACCAAAACAGCAGGAAGUGCAUCUGAUAGAUUUCAGGACUCAAGUGUUUUCAAUGAUACCCUUCGGAUUGUAAAUAUCCAGAGACAUCAAGGAGGCCGAUACUACUGUAAAGCAGAGAAUGGAUUGGGUUCUCCUGCAAUAAAAUCUAUACGAGUAGAUGUAUACUAUUUAGAUGAUCCUAUUGUGACUGUGCAUCAAAGCAUUGGUGAAGCAAAAGAACAAUUUUAUUAUGAAAGGACUGUUUUCUUACGAUGCAUUGCUAACUCCAAUCCACCAGUUCGGUACAGCUGGAAACGUGGUGAGGAAAUUUUACUACAAGGAUCUGACAAAGGAGUGGAAAUAUAUGAGCCAUUCUUCACCCAGGGAGAAACAAAAAUUUUAAAAUUGAAGAACCUCAGACCGCAGGAUUACGCUAAUUACAGCUGUAUUGCUUCCGUGCGAAAUGUUUGCAACAUUCCUGACAAGAUGGUAUCAUUCAAGCUUUCCAAUACAACAGCAUCUCCAUCUAUUAAACUCCUGGUGGAUGAUCCCAUUGUUGUAAAUCCUGGUGAGGCCAUUACUUUAGUAUGUGUCACUACAGGGGGAGACCCACCACCAACCCUUACCUGGGUCCGAUAUGUUGGAACUCUUCCUGAAAAGACUGUACUGAAUCGUGGAAAAUUAACCAUCCCAUCUAUAACUUCAGAAGAUGCCGGUACUUACAGUUGCGUAGCAAACAAUAAUGUUGGAAACCCCGCUAAGAAGUCUACCAGUAUUAUUGUAAGAGCUUUAAAAAAAGGGCGUUUCUGGAUAACACCUGACCCAUAUCAUAAAGAUGACAACAUUCAAAUUGGACGGGAGGUAAAAAUUUCUUGCCAAGUAGAAGCUGUGCCAUCAGAAGAACUUACUUUUAGUUGGUUUAAAAAUGGACGACCAUUACGGAGCUCUGAAAGAAUGGUAAUCACUCAAACUGACCCAGAUGUUUCCCCCGGUACAACUAAUCUUGAUAUCAUUGACUUAAAAUUCACGGACUUCGGGACUUACACAUGUGUAGCAUCUCUCAAAGGAGGAGGAAUCUCUGACAUCAGCAUUGAUGUAAACAUAUCCAGCAGCACAGUUCCACCAAAUCUCACUGUUCCAAAGGAAAAAUCAUCAAUGGUUACUAGGGAAGGGGAUACUAUAGAGUUACAAUGUCAAGUUUCUGGCAAACCGAAGCCAAUUAUCAUGUGGUCCAGAGCAGACAAAGAAGUUCCAAUGCCAGAUGGAUCGAUGCAAAUGGAGAGUUAUGAUGGGAUACUAAGAAUAGUUAAUGUGUCUAGAGAAAUGACAGGAAGUUAUAGGUGUCAGACCAGUCAAUACAAUGGAUUUAAUGUCAAACCAAGGGAAGCUCUGGUUCAACUUAUUGUGCAAUUUCCACCUGCUGUUGAGCCGACAUUUAUGGAGAUAAGACAAGGACUAGGUCACAGCGUCUCAAUGAAGUGCAAAGUCCUGAGAGCCUACCCGACACGUGUUCUCAUGUAUGAAUGGAGACUGGGGAAUAAAUUGCUGGAAAAAGGACAGUUUGAUUCUCAAGAUUAUACAGAAUUAACAGUCAACAUUCUUGCCAAAGAGCAUUAUGGGACGUACAAUUGUAGUAUAAUUAAUGAGGCAGGAGCUGGUCGAUGCAGUUUUCUCGUCACAGGGAAAGCUUAUCCUCCAGAGUUUUAUUAUGACACCUAUAAUCCACUUUGGCAAAUUAAAUCCCAAACCUAUUCCUAUACUUUACAGUGGACCCAAAUGAACCCUGAUGCUGUUGAUCGAAUCUUAGCAUACCGGUUGGGAUUUAAGCAGGCAGGUCAGCAACGCUGGUGGGAACAAGAAAUUUCAGUCACUGGGCCAAUUAAAAAAGGAGAACUAAUCAGCAACAAUCUUACUGAACUUGUGAAGCCUGAGCCUUAUGAAAUCCGUCUAACGCCUAUCAACAGAUUUGGUGAAGGAGAUUCAGCUAUUCGUAUAAUUAAAUAUAGUGCUCCAAUCAAUCCACAUUUACGUGAAUUUCACUGUGGAUUUGAAGAUGGUAACAUAUGUUUGUUUACCCAAGAUGAUAUUGAUAUAUUUGACUGGACAAAGCAAAGUGCAAGCACAAGAGAUACAAGAUAUACUCCGAACACUGGACCCACUACAGAUGCCAGCGGUUCAAAACAUGGUUUCUACAUGUAUAUUGAAGCAUCUCGUCCACGACUAGAAGGAGAAAAAGCCAGGCUGCUUAGCCCUGUUUUCAAUAUAGCUCAAAAAAAUCCUUAUGGGUCUAGCAAUACAGCAUACUGCUUUAGUUUCUAUUAUCACAUGUAUGGAAGACAUAUAGGGAUGUUAAAUAUAAUUCUCCGAUUAAAAGGACAAACUGUAACUGAAAUUCCUUUAUGGUCUGCACAUGGAAAUAAAGGAGAACAGUGGAAUCAUGCCAACAUCAAUAUACAUCCAACCACUUCAUUUCAGUUAAUUUUCGAAGGGGUGCGAGGUCCUGGGAUUGAAGGGGACAUUGCCAUAGAUGAUAUAUCAAUUGUGGAGGGGGAAUGUGCAAAAGUAGAUGAGCCUGCUCCAACUCCAGCAUCUGGUAUAACUGGGAUUUUAGUACAUAUAUGGCUGUAUCGAGUUUUCCUCUUCCUCUCCUUUUUAAGUCAUCAAAGGUGACCAUACCCUGGCAGAGGCUAUGAACCAUUCAAUAGGAACUAGUACCAAGAAAGAGUCUUUGUAAAUGGACAACUGGAAAACAAACUACCAAAGAUUCCUCCACUAAAGCACUGGGAAUUAAUGAAACAUGGAAUAUAAAUUAUUACAAACUACACAUGACCUGCAAAAAGAAGAGACGUUCAAGUGCUUCAGUGGUUCUCAUGAAUACAGUAUUAUCUGAUAUAAUUCUCUUGAAAAUGGGAGUUAUGAAAAUCCUUGUCAAAGCACAAAGUCAUGGCUGGUUUUGUUUCAAAUGAAUAGAGCUUGCUUGUUACCAUGGAAAUCGAAUGGCCUGCCAACCAAACCUCACAGUAAACAGGGUACACAAAGAUCUGGCAUUUAUUAAAAAUCCACAAAGGUUUUUAGUAUGGAAUAAAAAGUAAGCCCUUAUGCCUUGGCUGCCAUCAUUUUAAAUCUCAAUCCUCCUUUGAACAUAUGUUUCAUUUUCUCAUAGCUAUGCUGAUUAAAGGUAUUACGCUAUAUCUUUUUUGCAUGUAGAUGUCUCCAAGAACAGCAGCCUAGUCUUACAAGUUUUCUUCAACUUACGGGAUUUUGCUUGUGGCCACUUUAUCACCAAUAAUAGACCAAGUCAUCAGUUGUAAUAAUGAAACCAAACAACCACCUUUUGUAAAUUGCCAGGAAACCAAGUGCCUUCAAUUAAACAAGCCUGAACAAUGUUAAAAAAAAAAAAAAAAAAAAAAAGCUUGCACUGCUGUGAGUGGUUUGUGGAGGAAAAAAAAAACUCUUUUAUAAAUAUACUUCAACCCAUGGGUACAAACCACAGGCCUAAUAAGGAAUCUGCUAUUGGAAGAGGACGGACUUAAGUUGCUGCAUAAGCUCUUUCAACACAAAUUUCUUUGUUUCACUUUUUUAAAUAGCCAUGGCCUUCUAGUUUAUUAUACAUUUUACAAAUCUUAUAUCUUAAUCUAAAAAAAUUGGAAAAUGCAACUUUUCCAAUUACUGAAUUGCUUAAGUAUUUUGAAAAGUUGCCUGAAUAUUUUUUUUUAGUCGAAACAGAAUUUCCUUCUCUUAUCUACAUUUGAAAUGAAAUCGGUCAGAUCUUUAGAAUAUGAUGUUAUGGGUAUCUAAGACUGCAGGUGAAAACAAAUUCGACAGCAAUUCUGGGUCUGAAAAUAGUCUUCAUUAUAAAAUUUGAGGGUUUUAUGCCUCUGCCCACUAAUCAGACUUUCUGCAGAUUGUGACAUAUUUUAUUUUGACAAGUUUGAAAAAAAAAAAAAAUACAAUUUUACAAAAAACUGUUAAAAAAAAUGACUGAGCUACCUGAUUAAAUAUUAUCUAUUAACCAGCCACUUUUUUUUUUCAAUGCAUUGUACAUGUUCUCUUAUAAUGUUGGCUAUGAUUUUUUUUCUCUUUAAUUUAUCAGAAAAAUUACUUCAUUUCAAGACACUUUUAUCUACAGAAAAUUAUUAUUUUAUGUUAUCUAAAACACCUGAUAGUUGCAAAAUGUUAUGCAAGAAAUUGGGCUACAAAUAAAAAAAAAAGUCUAUAACUUUGCGGAUAUUGAUUUAAAAAAAAAAACAAAAAAAAAACAAAGCACAAGAAGCUGUAGUCAACAUACAAAUAGGCUUGAGUUCUUUUUUUAUUCUGUAGAAAUGUUUGUGCAGAUUCAAUAAUUAAAUUGAAAAAAAAAAAAAAAAGAUACUUUUACAGCUAUGUUCAAUAAAGCCUCUUUCCAGGUAAGGUA